AUGUGUGGGUCAGAUAAAAAGUUAGGCGAAAUCCGAGCACUUAUACUCGUCGGUGGUUAUGGGACUCGUUUAAGACCCUUAACUUUGAGUAGGCCUAAGCCACUUGUGGAGUUUGCCAACAAACCGAUCCUCUUGCAUCAAAUAGAAGCUCUAGUUGAAGCUGGAGUAACACAAGUUAUUUUAGCUGUUUCAUAUAGAGCGGAUGAUAUGGAAAAAGAAUUGACAGAGCAAGUAUCAAAACUUGGUGUGUCUCUUACAUUCUCACAUGAAACUGAACCUUUGGGAACGGCAGGUCCACUAGCUUUAGCCAAAGAUUUGCUUAAUACAAGCACUGAACCCUUUUUCGUCUUAAAUUCAGAUGUUAUAUGUGACUUUCCCUUUAAGGAGCUUGCUAAAUAUCAUAAAAGUCAUGGAAAGGAAGGCACUAUUGUGGUUACGAAGGUAGAAGAGCCCAGUAAAUAUGGUGUUGUUGUUUAUAAAGAUGAUGGACAAAUAGAGAGUUUUGUUGAAAAACCUCAAGAAUUUAUUUCAAACAAAAUUAAUGCUGGUAUGUACGUACUUAAUCCAUCGGUGUUAAGUCGGAUAGAUCUAAGGCCAAUGUCAAUAGAAAAGGAAGUGUUUCCAUUUAUGGCGCAGGACGGCCAAUUAUAUGCCAUGGAGCUACAAGGAUUCUGGAUGGACGUUGGACAGCCCAAAGACUUUUUGACAGGUAUGUGUUUAUACCUGAACAGCUUGCGGCAGAAGAACUCCGACAAGUUGCACGACGGAGCAGGCGUGGUGGGAAACGUUCUGAUAGACCCGACCGCCACCAUAGGAAACGGGUGCCGUAUAGGACCCAACGUCACCAUUGGCCCCAAUGUGAUCAUUGAAGACGGUGCGUGCAUCAAACGCAGUACCAUAUUGCGGGGCGCAUGUGUGCGGCAGCACGCUUGGUUGGACGGCUGCAUAGUCGGCUGGCGUUCGGUUGUGGGCAGGUGGGUUCGGAUGGAGAACUGCACUGUACUCGGUGAGGAUGUCAUAGUCAAGGAUGAGCUGUACAUCAACGGUGGUCAAGUGCUACCGCACAAGUCCAUAGCGCUGUCUGUCCCCGAACCACAGAUAAUAAUG